AUGACGGUAAAUCCCCCCAAGGACAAUAGUAAAGAGCCAGAGCCGAGUGUGGGCGGCCAGAAGAAGCCAUGCCGAGCAUGUACGGACUUUAAAAGCUGGAUGAAAGUGCAGAAAGAGGCAACAGCAACGACCACAACACAGGGGCUACAUAAGAACUCAGCCAUUGAAUGUGAGCCACCAAAACAAGAUCUGGAGUGUCCUCUGGACCGUCAAGAGCUGGGUCGUAACACCUGGUCCUUUCUGCACACAAUGGCUGCAUAUUACCCUGACCAGCCCACAUCCACACAGCAACGAGACAUGGGACACUUCAUCCACCUUUUCUCCAAGUUCUUCCCAUGUGAAGAGUGUGCAGAGGACCUCAGAGACAGACUUAAGACAAAUCAACCAGAUACCAGAAGCUGCUACUCUCUGUCCCAGUGGUUCUGUCGUCUUCAUAAUGAUGUCAACAUUCGAUUGGGGAAGCCGGAGUUUGAUUGCUCUCGUGUGGACGAAAGGUGGAAGGAUGGAUGGAAGGAUGGAUCUUGUGACUGA